AAGAGCGACUCAGAGCCCAGAGCAUCAGCAGGACUGGGAGCCCAGCCAGGCGUGGCAGAGCUCCUGGGGAGGCUUCACCGAGCACCCUCCAGGGCUGCUGGAGCUGCUCUCCUGCGCAAGGACCCGCAGACUCUUCUUGGCAGGAGCAAAGGCACUGCCUGGGAAACGGAGGCAGCAGCUGGCCCAUCGCAGUGAUACUCCUUAGAGCAGAGAAGGUCAAGGUUUGUGCUAUAAACAGCUAAUCACUGCCACAAUGACAUCUUCCAGCUCUGCCCAGCAUCCACCAGCUGAGAAUGCCCACGGAGUCACGCUCGGACAAGUUAACCAGGUGCGACCCAAACUGCCGCUUCUGAAGAUUCUGCAGGCUGCAGGCGCCCAAGGCGAAACCUUCACGCUGAAGGAGGUUAUGCAUUACCUGGGACAGUACAUAAUGGUGAGGCAGCUAUAUGACAAAAGACAGCAGCACAUGGUCUACUGUGGAGGAGAUCAGCUAGGAGAGCUGCUGGGACUGGAGAGCUUCUCUGUAAAAGAUCCAAGCCCAGUCUAUGACAUGUUGAAACGGAACCUGACUUCUGCUGCAAUGGCAGAUGCUGCACAGAAUCUCGCAAAGGAACAGAGCGUCGAUAAGCCAAGCCAAGACCAGCUGAAGUGUAGCCGGCAGGAAGCUUCUGACACUGGCAUCAUGGAGGGCGAAAGCAAUGCUUCUGCUUUGUCUACCUCAGAGCAAAAAUGUGAGAAUUAUGAAGACAAAGACUUAAUAGAAAACCUCUCUAAAAGCAAGAAGCCUAAACUGGACCUAGUGUUUGAGGAAUGGGAUGUAGCUGGUCUUCCAUGGUGGUUUUUAGGCAACCUCAGAAGCAAUUACAAGUCCAGAAGUAAUGGAUCAACAGAUAUUCAGACUAACCAGGACAUAGACACUGCCAUUGUUUCAGAUACUACUGAUGACUUGUGGUUCCUCAACGAAUGUCCGUCGGAUCAGAGCAGUGCUGCAGUCAAGGUGGAAACAGUUGACUGUGAGGAAGUAAAAGAAGUUGACAAAAAGGUGACUGAGGAUGCAUGUUUGCAUGACUUUGAGGAUUCCCAGUGCUUAAGCGAUGACACAGACACAGAAGCUACUUCUGAGGACUGCUGGCAAUGCACCAAAUGCAAGAAAUUUAACUCUCCAGGCAAACGGUACUGUUACCGCUGCUGGGCCUUACGGAAAGACUGGUACUCAGAUUGUCCCAAACUGGCUCAUUCUCUUUCUCUGUCCAACAUUGAUGCUAUGCAAAACAAAAACGGUGAUGAAGGGAUAGAUGUCCCCGACUGCCGAAGGACUAUUUCUGCUCCAGUUGGCCAACCCAAAGACCUGUACGUGGUAGAAAACAAGUCACGUGUAGAUCCCUGCAGCUCUAUCGAGUCUUUGGAUUUGGCACAAGAAUGUGAAAGCAAGGAGUCUCUGUUGCAUUUCACUGAGCAUAAAAAGGAGGAAGAAAUACAGUCUUUAGAGAGCAUAAAAAAAUUACUGAAUCCUUGCUUCUUAUGCCAUAACAGACCACGGGAUGGGAAUAUUGUCCAUGGAAGGACUGCGCACCUUGUGGCCUGUUUCAAGUGUGCAAAGAUGCUGAAGAAAAAGAGAUCGCCUUGCCCAGUGUGCAGGAAAGAGAUUGAGAUGGUGAUCAGGAUCUUUAUGGGGUAGUUGAGCCAGUUCAGGCCUUCCCCACCAAAAGAUAGCACACAGACUUCCUUGCACUCGCACAAACCCUAACUUCAGAGCUCAACCGGUGAAUACCAAAGAGAAUUAAGAUUCAAAUCUGACGAAGAACACUGAAGAACUCUUUGCAUUAAAGGAAGCAGCAUUCACUUCUCAAUGUCCAUUUAAAUGAAAGCCUGUAUGGAGCAGGGAGUGACCAGCACGUUGAUAUUAAUACCCUAGCUUUGAAAUUGUCUAAAUCUUCUAAUUUCAGCUCAGUGGUGUCGCUAGGAUUCUCUGUUCUGACAACUGGUCCUUGCAGAAAACAAGUCUUGGAAAGAGUUACAGCUUUGGCUGAUGGAGUGUUGUUCUCCCAGUAAGUUAAGCCCUGUGCAAUGCUUUCUAAAGGGGGUGGGAAAGAGGGUGGGCGGGAAGGGUAGACCACGGUUUUUGCAAUAUAGGUAAGCCAUUUCUCCAAGGAUCAGUUCUCCUGAGGGCAGUGAGAAGUAAAUAAGUUGGUUUCUGAAAUGUUUUUUUGUUUAAUGUAAGUUUGUUAGGUAAGGUGAAGGUCCUCUUGCUCCUAGACUUGAAAUAAGUCCACCCAAACUUCUAAUCCGUAUCUAUCUGAGAUCACAUACCAGAUGGCAAAAAGAAUACUUUGCUUUGUUGUUGAAUCUUUUAAUUUCUAUUUUAAUUUCUGUUGAUCCUUUUUUUCAUUUAAAUACAGUUCUGUGUCAUCUUGCAUAGCUCUGAUGAAGCCUGUCCAAUGUCAGCUCAGGAUCUGGUCUGCCAGCUGUAACAGCUCUAUGUAUGCUUUGGGAUGUUUUCAUAUGUCUGUGCUUCUACCUGCCUCAUAGCGUCAGGCCAGCCUAGAUGGAAGAUGCUCACUUUAGAGUGCUUUAAAAACAGGAUAUGGGCCUUUGAAGGAAAAAAAUAAUUCCUCUAAAGCACCAUUUGCAGCCUAUGGGCUGUGUGCUUCAUGUUAGCUUUUUUAAUUUUCUGCGCCAAUUUUCUUUCCCUGUGAUUUAACGCUUCAAAUCUGUUUGCAGCAUUUACGUUGCCCUUCAGAGAGCUGUGCAUGGUUGCUCUACUUGCUGUUAAAACUCAGCUAGAACUUGCAGUUUAAAAAGGUCUAACCCUUUUCUGAGAUCAUAUCCUAGAGUGUGCUCAGAUCUUCCUCAGCCUUCCUGUUCUCCAGGGCUUUGGAGGGCCUGCAUGAUGCAGCAGUAGCAAUAGUGCCUUCACCUUUCAGGUAUACAGGUGUUUGAAUUCAGUCCGGUGUCUAGAAUAAACCCCGUUUUCUCAUCUUCUCUAUAAUUCCCUCUCUGAUCUAUAAAGUACACCUGAAGACAGGAAAAAAAAAAAGACAAUGCUAGUAUCUCGGUGCUUCUCAAGGCUCUUUCCCUGUGAUUUCCCACACUCCUUGUGCCCUGGCGCAGCCCUAGCAGGUCAGGCGUGCAGUGGAGGCCCCAGAAUCUGCCCAGCAGAAGGUCCCAGCAAACUGCGACAUCGAAGUUGUUUCUCGGAGUAGGUGCUAUAUGCAGUCACUGCCUAUCACUGCCAAAAGUCAGGUCUACUUUAUAUUUCGCAUAGUAUUAUGAUUAUUUCUAUGUUCGCUAUAAUUUAGGCUAUUAUUGUUAGCUGUUAUUUACAGUUGUGUUUUAAAAAUCAGAGUAUAUCUGUCUGGUGUUUUGGCUCGCUAUCUGGGAGUCCAUGGGAAUCAUUCCACAUGGAAAAGCUGAUAUAUUGCUCCCUUAACUAAAAGACUCUGAAAUUGCUGGUGGUGCACUUUAAUCAUGCUAAGAUCACCAGCAUUACCGCCUGGAAUACAGAAGGGAGUUCCCGUCAGGUAGUUUUUUCCCUUUUUGGGUAGUUUCCUUUCCUUUUAAGUGUCUUUGGCUCAGCAGGGUGCGUUGUGGCGCACUUUUGAAUACUGUGAAUUCCCCCUCGCCCCGAUUGCUUCCAAGAAUAAAUGUUUUGCUAAAAGCAGUUUUACUGAACUGUUCAGGUCUGGCCACACUGAAAAGCCAGUAAUUUUGUGUUGACUGAAAAAAAGAAGUCAGGAGAGUUUCCAGUAACAGGGUUGAAUAUCCCUACCAAAAUCUGACCGAGAUCUGUAGGCAGAUUCCAUCGUUAAAUGAAAAUUGUUGUCAGUGUGGCAGUUUGUGGUAAAAAGCAAACUUGCAGGAUAACUUUCAGUGUAACGAUCUUUGUAUCUGUGAUUUCUUGUUCAGUGUAACCGUGGUGUUUACAACAUGCAUUUGUCGAGUUCUUAGUUCUUUUUAACUGAAAUAGUGGGCAUAAGAUAUCACAAUGUUACAGUUUAUUUUCCUUUCUAUAGAAGAAUAAGCUACUGCAGUGGAAGCACGUCGUGUGUAACUGUAACUGCCCAGGUUGUGGCUGGGGCUUGGGGGAGGGGGGUGGGGCGGGCGGUUUGUUUUGGUGCAGGAGAAGGGGAGAAGAAUGUUUUAUUGCUUUAACUUAAGUCUAAAUAAGUAGCAAUUUUAGGAAGUACAGGCUUAAUGUACGGAUUGAAGAACUAGCUCAGAGCACUCAGCUGCAAUACUUCUGUGGCAGUGCAGAUGAGAGACUGGCCAGGCGGUGCUGUUACUUUCCUGUUCUACAGACAUGGCAGUUGAUGUGGAGUCCUAAUUCAGACACCUGUUUUUUGGAAGAGCUGAGCAUUUCCCCGAGAUGGGUGCGAACUCGGGUUCUCUGAGUAAGUCAUUGGCGUCUCGUAGCAGAUGACAGUUCUUCUCUCUUACAGUGGUUUCACUAUGAAGUGCAAUAUGAGAGAAGAGGUCUUUGGUAGUCCUUAGCAGUCAUUGCUGCGUGUCUGGAGAAGCGUUGAGCGCAGCUGACUUUUGAUGCCCACAUUAGGAAGGUUUAUCUGCUUCACUGCUUUUUCUUCAGUGACAUUGGUUGCUGUUCCUCAGGAACCCGCUGAAGUCUCACUAGCACAAGUGGACGUGUAGGCCAGGUUUCAUUUACUAGAUCCUUUAGCUUUUCAGCCAGAAGUUUGGGCACCAGUUAUGCCCAGAACCAGCAUAUUUCGUACUUUGGUGGGGAUUUAAAAAUAGUAUGGGAACCAUGAAGCUCGCAGCUGUAUAGUGCCGUACAGCACAUUAUAGUGCUCUGCAGCAUGAAACCAUAUGUAUAUGUAAACUCUCCGUAUUGGCAGCCAGAGGUACGCACUUGGCAUUUACUCCUGACAGUCUUUCUGGUUUAAGUGCCUCUUCUCAGUUACUCUCGGUGACUCUUGUUUACUGACACACAGAGCACAUCAGCCUUUUCUUCAGCUCCUUCUUCAAAAAUCUCAGUGUCCACCCGCUGUAUUAUUGAGCCAAUUUGGCCUCAACAAAGCCCUACAAAGAUCCUCUGGAGCAGCCCCCCCCCGAGUGCUUAUUUAUUCUGAAAUGGGUGUUUCCACAAAGACAGCAAUGAACUUUCUGCCUGCCUAACGUAUUUAUUACGGUGCAUGCCUGUGAUGGAAACCAUAAUACAUCUUGCCAGGGUCUGCUCCAUCCUUCUGCAUCCAGCAUAGAUUGUAUCUGCUACUGAAAAGCUGUCCUUGCAGAGAAAAAGUGGCUGUUGGACAAAUAGAAGUGGAAAUGGAGUGGAAACUGAGUGUCUUAAAACCCAUUGGGGUAGCUUGGUCUUGCCUGCUCACACUCUGCCUGUUCUGAGCUUCAUCUUCCAGUCCUGGAAGAAAAAGCAAAAUGCUCUCACUAGAGGCCUUCAGUGAAGGCUGACCAUUUUGGAAGAUGCCAUGAUUAAGCGAUUGAAGGAAGAGCCAGGGCACUGGUCUUCAUUCUCUCUUCAUCCAUAAGCUGAGCAAGGAACUCCUCGAGUCCUGUGCAUGCUCUUCAGCCACCUGGAUGUUGGCAAGCAGCAUCGGGAUCCUUGAAAAGGAGGUACUGCGAGGUUGUUCUAUCAAGAGCAAGAAUGAGACCCACAGAUUAUAUGGGGGUGAUAAACUGUGUUUAGAACAGCUCUGGAAGCACACAUGACCUUCGGACAGCAGCGUUUCUGCUCUGGAAAUCCUUCUUCGGUUAUCUGUCCACAAUGGCUGGAAUUUUGCUUGCUCUCCUUUGCAAACAAGCGGGAGACCCUGCUUGCGGCCCGGUGGCAGUGUCUGACCAGCAGAAGAGUCGGCUGCCACAAGCUGGGUUACGCAUCCCAUCGGCCUGCUCUCUGCACCUUAUUAUGGUUAAUACAGGCAGCUGUUGUGACUGCAGACCUGUUUUUCUGUGCUAUUUUACCCUGGUAAUGUGCACUUGCUGCCCACACGUCUGUGGGGAUGCCCCAUGCCUGCCACACUGGUGCUUUAAGAAGAUGGAGCCCUCUAAACCCCUGAAUCUUCAGAGUCUCCGACACCUAGAAUACAUAACCACGUCUGAGGAUCGGUCUGAGAAGGUGCACGAAGGCGGCUGGAACAUGUUGUACCUCUGGCAAAGAUAAAGACUUGCUGUUCUGGAAAGUGUUUUCCUGCUGGAUCUCCCCAGUACCCUUCCCUGCAGCCUGUUGUUCCCAGAUAUAUUUUUUCUUGUUUAGAAAAACUCCAUGUCUCAGUGUACACCCACAAGGUCACUGCAAUAACAAGCAGGAGCGCUUGCUAAACAUCUGUGUGUUUGCACUAUUUAAAGAAAGGCAUGUAUCACAAAAUUGAUGACCUGUUUUUGUGCCCCGCACAUCAUGAAUUUAAUUAAAUUGAGCGCAUUCUAUGAUAAUAGGUUUAUUUUUUCAUUUGUACUGCGUUUCGGGGAAAACCUUUAAGUAAAGGAAGUUAAGCAGCC